AUGAAGCUCACCUUGUUUCUCGAAGUAUACGUAUUUAGCGUUGCCGCACACGGCUGGCAACUCCCUCCUAAAGGCCAUGAAUGGCAUCCACCUGUGACCGGAGACAGCCGCUCGCCCUGCCCCGGUCUCAACGUAAUGGCAAACCACGGCUUCCUUCCCCGUUCAGGCAAAAACAUCGACCUCGCUGCAGUCCGAGACGGUGUCAGCCAAGCCUACAACUUCGCUCCCACCACAUUCGACAGCGCCUUUGAGCAAGCUAUAGAUCUGGGAGUCUCUACCACCGGUAACGCAUCGACUUUUCACCUUGAGGAUCUCAAGAAGCAUGAUGCCGUCGAGUUCGAUGGGUCAUUGUCACGCAACGACGCAUACUUUGGAGACGAUAAUAGCUUCAACCAUGCCAUUUGGUGGACUACAGCACUCAGACUUGGUUUGUAUGAUUAUGGGCUUUUUGGAAAUAAUACACAUGUCAAUGUUGAGACGGCUGCUAGAGCACGUGCUGCUCGCGUGCGAGAUGCAAAGGCGGUUAAUCCGAAGUUCAAUGCGUCCGCCAACGAAUUGACCGGUAGUCCCGGUACAACAGCUCUAUAUCUGGCUACUUUGUGGGAUGAUGCGGCAGAUGCAGCACCAAAGGCAUGGAUCAGAGCUUUCUUCGAGAACGAGCGCAUCCCGUAUCUCGAGGGAUACCAACCCCCUACGGUAGCGAGGGACGGUUCUACUAUCGGUGAGCUGUUUGCGAGAGUUACUGCGGUCAAUGAUAAUGAACCAUACUCACCACCAUACUAUCCCUCGCCCUGGGGAGACGGCGAAGGCGAAUGGGCAGACGCAUAUGAGAAGGCGAGAGAGUUCGUGAGCCAGCUUACUCUUCCCGAGAAAGUGAAUCUGACGACGGGUACUGGGUGGAUGCAAGGCUCUUGCGUCGGCGAAACAGGUUCAAUCCCACGACUUGGAUUUCGAGGACUCUGUCUCCAAGAUGGGCCUAUGGGCAUACGAUUCAGUGACUACAAUUCUGCCUUCCCCGCCGGUGUCAACGUAGCCGCAACCUGGGACCGCUCCCUGGCGUAUCUCCGCGGCCUCGCCAUGGGCAAAGAAUUCAACUCCAAAGGCGUCGACAUCCAACUCGGCCCAGUUUCAGGCCCCUUGGGCAGAACACCUGAAGGAGGCCGGAAUUGGGAAGGAUUCAGUCCCGACCCGGUGAAUACGGGCGUAAUGAUGGCCGAGACAAUAAAGGGUAUACAAGAAGCGGGCGUAAUUGCAUGCGCGAAACAUUAUAUACUUAAUGAGCAGGAGCAUUUCAGGUUGGUAGGGGAGGCGAAGGGGUAUGGUUAUAAUAUUACUGCGAGUGCGAGUAGUAAUGUGGAUGAUAGGACGAUGCAUGAGUUGUAUUUAUGGCCAUUCGCAGACGCAGUACGCGCCGGGGUUGGAUCAAUCAUGUGCUCUUACAAUCAGGUCAACAACAGCUACGCAUGCGCAAAUAGCUACACAUUGAACAGGCUUCUCAAAGGCGAGCUCGAUUUCCAGGGCUUUGUCAUGAGUGAUUGGGGCGCUCAUACAUCGGGCGUAAGUAGUACUCUUGCCGGCCUCGACAUGUCCAUGCCCGGUGACACCUCGUUCGACUCUGGUGACUCGUACUGGGGCGCAAACUUGACCAUUUCAGUCGUCAACGGCACUGUUCCUACGUAUCGGAUUGAUGAUAUGGCAGUUCGCAUAAUGGCUGCAUACUACAAAGUCGGCAGGGACAAAUUUCAGGUUCCUAUCAACUUCAAUUCAUGGACUCGUGAUGAGUACGGACCGAUAUAUGCUGCUGCAGGACCGGAGUACGGGGUUGGUAAAGUCAAUGAGCGAGUCGAUGUACGCGGUAACCAUGCCUCAUUGAUUCGCAAGAUCGGAGCGGCGAGUGUAGUUCUUCUCAAAAACACAGACAGCGUCCUUCCACUCAGUGGCAAAGAGAAAUUCACCGCGAUCUUCGGCUCGGACGCCCGCGCUGAUCCAGUAGGUAUCAACGGCUGUGCUGAUCAUGGCUGCGACAACGGCACCCUUGCCAUAGGUUGGGGAAGCGGUACAAGCAAUUUCCCCUACAUCGUGACACCGGAAGACGCCAUCAAGCAAGAAAUCCUAAGCAAAGGGGUUGGCAUCGUCGAUUCCGUGGCCGAUGACUGGGCAUACGACAAGAUCCAAGUCCUUGCCUCUCAAGCCGAUGUGGCCCUUGUGUUCGUCAACUCUGACUCAGGCGAAAACUUCAUCGUCGUUGACGGCAAUGAAGGUGAUCGCAACAACCUGACCCUUUGGCGAGACGGUGACAAACUCAUCGAAACGGUUGCUUCUCAAAAUAACAACACCGUCGUCGUGAUUCACAGCGGCGGGCCCGUUCUUGUGGGCGAUUGGUACAAUAAUUCAAAUGUGACCGCGAUCCUCUGGGCAGGUAUGCCUGGUCAAGAAAGCGGAAAUUCUAUCGCAGACGUCUUGUAUGGCUAUGUCAACCCAGGCGGCAAAAGUCCCUUUACAUGGGGCACAGCACGCGAGGAUUACAGUACAGAUGUCCUGUAUACACCCAACAACGGAGUCAACGCUCCACAGAUCGAUUUCACAGAGGGACUCUUUAUUGAUUAUCGUGGCUUUGAUAGAGCCAAUGUCACGCCCAUUUAUGAGUUUGGGUUUGGUUUGAGUUAUACGACAUUCGAAUACCAAAAUAUCAGAAUCAGGCCCCUUCAAAACGCAGCCCCUUAUACGCCCACGACUGGCUUCACGGCACCUGCACCAGUAGCCUCAAAUUUCAGCACGGAUUGGUCUGACUACCUCUUCCCCCGUUUCAUUCGCAGAGUCCCGUUGUUUCUAUAUCCAUGGCUGAACACGACAGACCCAGCUGCAUCAUCCGGUGAUCCAGACUACGGCCUCCAGGCCAAUGAAUAUCUACCCGAGAACGCGACAUCUGCCUCUCCGCAGCCUUUGCUUGCAGCUGGAGGCGCGCCAGGCGGAAAUCCAGGGUUGUACGAGGAGGUCGCCAUCGUGACUGCUGAUAUUACCAACACCGGGUCUGUGGCGGGKGAUGAAGUUCCUCAACUUUAUAUAUCACACGGCGGCCCCGAUGAUCCUCCCGUCGUCCUUCGAGGCUUUGAUCGCAUCUCGCUCCGACCACAGGAAACGAAAGAAUUCAGCGUCGUACUGACGCGCCGCGACAUCUCGAACUGGGAUGUUGUUUUACAAGACUGGGUUGUGACGCGGUAUCCUAAGACGGUUUAUGUGGGCAGUUCGUCGAGGGAGUUGUUGUUGGAGGCGGGGKUGCCUGAUUUAUUUUAA